GCGUUGUCACUGUUGAUUCUGUCUAACCUUUGGACUAAUUGGUUCAUCCCAAUAUAUUUGCACUGAUAUAUAAGACUUCCAGAACAUUGGAAAAACUCACUAUUGCUUUUACGGUGAGGUCUCGGUACCUGGAAACAGACAUGGAGUGGAAAACACUUCCCAUGUACUUGCUGCUGCUUUCUGUUUUCUUGAUUCAGCAAGUUUCUUCUCAAGAUUUACCAAGCUGUGCAGGGAGAUGUGGGGAAGGGUAUUCUAGAGAUGCCACCUGCAACUGUGAUUAUAACUGUCAACACUACAUGGAGUGCUGCCCUGAUUUCAAGAAAGUCUGCACUGUGGAGCUUUCCUGUAAAGGCCGCUGCUUCGAGUCCUUUGCAAGAGGGAGGGAGUGCGACUGCGACUCGGAAUGUAAGAAGUAUGGCAAGUGCUGUUCCGAUUAUGAGAAUUUUUGUGGAAAAGUGCAUAAUCCCCCAUCACCAUCUUCAAAGACUGUACCUCCAGCUCCAGGAGCAUCUCAAACCAUCAAAUCAACAACCAAACGUUCACCCAAAUCACCAAACAAGAAGAAGACUAAGAAAGUUAUAGAAUCAGAGGAAAUAACAGAAGAACAUUCUGUUUCUGAAAAUCAAGAGUCUUCUUCCUCCUCUUCCUCUUCCUCUUCAACUAUUCGGAAAGUCAAGUCUUCCAAAAAUUCAGCUGCUAAUAAAGAAUUAAAGAAGAAACCCAAAGUAAAAGAAAACAAGAAGGAAAAAACUCCUAAAAAGAAACCUAACCCUGAACCACCAGUUGUAGAUGAAGAUGGAAGUGGACUGGACAAUGGUGACGUCAAGCUCACCCCGACUCCUGACAUUCCUACCACCCAACGCAAUAAAGUUACCACAUCUCCCAAGAUUACAACAGUCAAACCGACAAAUCCAAAACCCAGUCUUCCACCUAAUUCUGAUACACCCAAAGAGACAUCUUCAACAACGAGUGAGGAGACAGCAGUUGAAACUAAAGACACUCCUAUAACGAAUAAACAGACUUCAAAUAGAGAAAAAGAGAAGACUACUUCACCUAAAGAGAAACAAAGUGCAGAGAAAACACCUGCUAAAGAUUUUAUACCCACAUCCAAAGCUCCUAGUACAUCUACACCAAAAGCUGAAACUACAACCAAAUCUCCUGCUCCCACCACCACCAAGAAACCUGUUCCCACUACCCCCAAGAAGCCUGCACCCACGACCAAAGAGCCUGCACCCACCACCCCCAAGAAGCCUGCACCCACGACCAAAGAGCCUGCACCCACCACCCCCAAGAAGCCUGCACCCACGACCAAAGAGCCUGCACCCACCACCCCCAAGAAGCCUGCACCCACGACCAAAGAGCCUGCACCCACCACCCCCAAGAAGCCUGCACCCACGACCAAAGAGCCUGCACCCACCACCCCCAAGAAGCCUGCACCCACGACCAAAGAGCCUGCACCCACCACCCCCAAGAAGUCUGCACCCACUACCCCCAAGAAGCCUGCACCCACGACCAAAGAGCCUGCACCCACCACCCCCAAGAAGUCUGCACCCACGACCAAAGAGCCUGCACCCACUACCCUCAAGAAGCCUGCACCUACCACCAAAGAGCCUACACCUACCAAGGAGUCUGCACCAAUGGCCCCCACGGAGCCUGCACCCACCACCCCCAAGAAGUCUGCUCCCACCACUCCUAAGGAGCCUGCAUCCACUACCACCAAAGAACCUCCACCCACAGCCCCCACGGAGCCUGCACUCACCACUCCAAAGGAGCCUACACCCACAGCCCCCAAGGAGGCUGCACCCACCACCCCCAACAAGCCUGCUCCUACUACCACCAAGGAACCUGCACCCACGGCCCCCAAGGAGCCUGCACCUACCACCCCCAAGGAACCUGCACCCAUGGCCCCCACGGAGCCUGCACCCACCAUUCCCAAGGAGCCUGCACCCACAGCCCCCAAGGAACCUGCUCCCAGCAUUCCCAAGGAGCUUGCACCCAUGGCCCCCACGGAGCCUGCACCCACCACUCCCAAGGAGCCUGCAUCCACAGCCCCCAAGGAACCUGCUCCCAGCAUUCCCAAGGAGCUUGCACCCAUGGCCCCCACGGAGCCUGCACCCACCACUCCCAAGGAGCCUGCACCCACAGCCCCCAAGGAACCUGCUCCCAGCAUUCCCAAAGAACCUGCACCCACAGCCCCCAAGGAACCUGCUCUGAGCAUUCCCAAGGAGCCUGCACCCAUGGCCCCCAACAAGCCUGCUCCUAUUACUACCAAGGAACCUGCACCCAUGGCCCCCACAGAGCCUACACCUACCACCCCCAAGGAGCCUGCACCCACCGCCCCCAAGACGCCUGCACCCACCACUCCCAAGGAGCCUGAACCCACAGCCCCCAAGGAGACUGCACCCACUGCUCCCAAGGAGCCUGCACCCACAGCCCCCAAAGAACCUGCUCCCAGCAUUCCCAAGGAGCCUGCACCCACCGCCCCCAAGGAGACUGCACCCACUGCUCCCAAGGAGCCUGCACCCACAGCCCCCAAAGAACCUGCUCCCAGCAUUCCCAAGGAGCCUGCACCCACCGCCCCCAAGGAGACUGCACCCACUGCUCCCAAGGAGCCUGCACCCACAGCCCCCAAAGAACCUGCUCCCAGCAUUCCCAAGGAGCCUGCACCCACCGCCCCCAAGGAGACUGCACCCACUGCUCCCAAGGAGCCUGCACCCACAGCCCCCAAAGAACCUGCUCCCAGCAUUCCCAAGGAGCCUGCACCCAUGGUCCCCAAGGAGACUGCUCCCACCACCACCAAGGAGCCCAUCCCCAAACUUCUCAGGGAGCCCACUCCAGCUUCUCUUGAGACACCUGCUCCAACCAACUCAGAGGGCUCUACCACAACCACCAUGGAGCCUCCCACUACUCCCAAAAACCCUGCUGAAUCAACUCCUGAGUUUCCCAAAGAACCCACACCAAAGGCUCUUGAAAACAGUCCCAAAGAACCUGUUAUACCUGUAACUAAGGCUCCUGGAGUGACCACACCUGAAAUCACUACAACAGCUAAAGACAAAACAACAGAAAAAGACAUACACAUGACACCUGGAAUUAUGGCCGCUGUACCUACAUCAACUCCGACAGAAGAAAAGACCACUGAUUCCAAAACAAGAACAACCACACAAGUAACAUCAGCCACAUCGUCCAAAAAUACUCCUCAAGCCACAACUCUUGCACCCAAAGUAAUGACUACAACAAAAAAGGCAACUACAUCUGAAGAGACUAUGAAUAAACCCGAAGAAACCACAGCUGCGCCAAAAGACAGAGCUAAUCCUAAAGUGUCAACUCCUAAAUCCCAAAAGCCAACCAAAGCACCAAAAAAGCCCACUUCUACCAAAAAGCCAAACACGAUACCUAAAGGGAGAAAACCAAAGACUACACCAACUCCCCCAAGGAUGACUACAUCGACAGUGCCCAAAUUACACCCCACCUCUUCCACAAAAGCCAUUCUCCAAACUACCACCAGCCCCAACCAAACACCUAACUCAGAAAUAGUUGAAGUAAAUCCAAAUAAGGAUGGAGAUGCUGCAGGAGAAAAACCUCACGUGAUCCCCAGGCUCCCUGUGUUACCUCCUAUAUUUAUCCCAGGCACGGAUAUCUUAGUGAGAGGAUCCAAUCAAGACAUUGCCAUCAACUCCAUGCUUUCAGAUGAGACUAAUUUAUGCAACGGUAAGCCAGUAGAUGGGCUGACUGCUUUGCGCAAUGGAACAUUAGUUGCAUUUCGAGGUCAUUAUUUCUGGAUGCUAAGUCCAUUCAGUCCACCAUCUCCAGCUCGUAAAAUUACUGAAGUUUGGGGUAUUCCCUCCCCCAUUGAUACUGUUUUUACUAGGUGCAACUGUGAAGGAAAAACUUUCUUCUUUAAGGAUUCUCAGUACUGGCGUUUCACCAAUGACAUAAAAGAUGCAGGGUAUCCCAAACAAAUUGUAAAAGGAUUUGGAGGACUAAAUGGAAAAAUAGUGGCAGCUCUCUCCAUAGCUAAGUACAAGGAAAGACCUGAAUCUGUGUAUUUUUUCAAGAGAGGUGGCGGCAUUCAGCAGUAUAUUUAUAAACAGGAACCUGUCAGAAAGUGCACUGGUAGAAGGCCUGCUAUCAAUUAUUCAGUGUAUGGAGAAACAACACAGGUUAGGAGACGUCGCUUUGAACGCGCCAUAGGACCUUCUCAAACACACACCAUCAGAAUUCGCUAUUCACCCAUCAGAGUCUCUUAUCAAGACAAAGGUUUCCUCCAUAAUGAAGUUAAAAUGAGUUUAUACUGGAGAGGAUUUCCAAAUGUGGUUACUUCAGCUAUAGCACUGCCCAACACCAGAAAACCUGAUGGCUAUGAUUAUUAUGCCUUUUCUAAAGAUCAAUACUAUAACAUCGAUGAACCAAGUAGAACAGCAAGAGUCAUUACUACUCGUUCUGGGCGGACCUUGUCCAAUGUCUGGUACAACUGUCCUUAGACCCACGGGCAAAGGAAGAAUCAACUAAUUAAAAUGAAGAAAAAAAUGAAAAAUUUUGACACUGAAACACAUUUUAUUAAUAAAGAAUGUUGAGAGAAGCAUA